GGUUACGCAAAGAUCUUCCAGAUCCUCCGCUCGGCAAGUAAUCGAAAAUGCUCACAAACGGCCUUCUUCAGCUACUUUCGAUUCGUGCCGUCUCCCGGACAAUACACACGACGCCGGCAUGCAGUGAGAUUCGCAAGCUGGCGCGACUACGGGUCGUGGACAACAGUGAUAUCGGAAAACGGGCGAUGGCAGAAGGGCGGCCACCAAAAUGUAUACACGUCUACAACAAACGGCACGUUGGCCUGAUCGGUGAUAAGGUGCUGGUGGCCAUCAAGGGCCAGAAGAAAAAGGGCAUCCUGGUUGGGCUGCGCCAGUUCCAGAAGCCGAAAGUGCCCAAGUUUGACAGCAACAAUCUGGUGCUGAUCGACGAUAACGGAACACCGCUCGGGACGCGCAUCCACGUGCCAAUACCGACCAUGCUGCGAACGAUUCUGCGGGAAAAAACACAAGCGAAAGGCGCAGACUACACAAAGCUGCUCGCGAUAGCAAGCAGAUUUAUUUAAUAAACCAAAAUGAUAGUA